GGUUUUUUAAGGAGGUUGGAAAGUAAGAUUUAAUAUUAAGAGUUGAAGGAAAUUAACUGUUGACAGGGGAAUGCGGGAUGGAGUAAGUUGGGCUGUAAAAACGGUAGAAAACAGGGUAAGUGGGGACGAGAAUCAAGAGCAUAAAAGUGGAUGCUGAGAAACGUGGGACUACUACGAUGCGGAGAUUUGUAGCCAACAGGUUGGUCAAAACAGCAGCAGCCGCGUCUCUUUUCUCCUCCAACAAAACCACCACCACCACCACAAGCAGCACGCCUCUUCUUUCUCGCUUCCUCACAUCAUCCCCUCCUCCAAAUCCAAUCAUGCCUUCUCACUCUAUCACUCUUGAUUUCAUCAAUCCCAAGGUUAUUGAAUGUGAAUAUGCUGUCCGCGGUGAGAUUGUUAAUCUCGCUCAGAAAUUACAACAAGAACUAGUUGAUAAGCCCGGUUCUCACCCUUUUGAUGAGAUACUCUACUGUAAUAUUGGAAACCCUCAGUCUCUUAAUCAGCAGCCUAUUACCUUCUUCAGAGAGGUCCUUGCACUAUGUGAUCAUCCUGCCAUCUUGGACAAGAGUGAAACACAAGGUUUGUUCAGCGCUGAUUCUAUUGAAAGAGCUUGGCAAAUCCUUGAUCAAAUCCCUGGGAGAGCCACUGGUGCGUAUAGUCAUAGCCAGGGUAUUAAGGGGUUGCGUGAUACUAUUGCUGCUGGGAUUGAAGCUCGUGACGGUUUUCCUGCAGAUCCAAAUGAUCUUUUCUUAACAGAUGGUGCAAGUCCUGCGGUUCAUAUGAUGAUGCAAUUAUUGAUAUCAUCAAAGAAUGAUGGAAUUCUUUGUCCAAUUCCCCAGUACCCCUUGUACUCUGCUUCAAUAGCCCUCCAUGGUGGCACUCUUGUGCCUUAUUAUCUUGAUGAAGCAACAGGAUGGGGAUUGGAGAUUUCUGAACUUAAAAGGCAGUUAGAAGAUGCAAAGUCUAAGGGAGUCACUGUCAAGGCAUUGGUUGUUAUAAAUCCAGGGAACCCAACUGGGCAGGUACUUGCCGAGGAAAACCAACGAGAUAUUGUGGAGUUCUGCAAGGCAGAAGGUCUGGUACUUCUGGCUGAUGAGGUAUAUCAAGAAAAUGUUUAUGUUUCUGAAAAGAAGUUUCACUCCUUCAAGAAAGUUUCCCGGUCCAUGGGAUAUGGUGAUAAGGAUAUCCCAUUAGUAUCUUUUCAAUCUGUCUCUAAAGGGUAUCAUGGAGAGUGUGGAAAAAGAGGUGGUUACAUGGAAGUGACUGGUUUUAGUCCUGAGAUAAGGGAACAAAUCUACAAGGUGGCUUCUGUGAACCUCUGUUCUAAUAUAUCUGGUCAAAUUCUUGCAAGUCUCGUCAUGAGCCCUCCCAAGGUGGGAGAUGAGUCUUAUGAGUCCUAUACCGCAGAGAAAGACGGAAUUCUUUCAUCCUUAGCUAGACGUGCAAAGACACUAGAAGAUGCCUUCAAUGGUUUAGAAGGCAUUACAUGCAACAAAGCGGAAGGUGCAAUGUAUCUUUUCCCACGCCUUCACCUGCCUGAGAAAGCAAUAAAGGCCGCAGAAUCUGCAAAAACAGCACCAGAUGCAUUCUAUGCUCGCCGCCUCCUUAAUGCCACUGGCAUUGUUGUUGUUCCUGGAUCCGGGUUCCGCCAGGUUCCUGGAACUUGGCAUAUUCGAUGCACGAUAUUGCCUCCAGAGGACAAGAUUCCAGCUAUCGUUGAGCGGUUGACUGAGUUCCAUAAAGGAUUUAUGAAUGAGUUCCGUGACUAAGAGUCUAUGUGUCCUGGAUUUUUUCCCUGAAUAAAGUGUUGCGCCAAACUGUAUUAUUCUUGGUAAUAACUAUUUUGUUUUUAUCAGUUUUGAGACCAUACUGUAGCAUAACUAUAAAGUUAUGACAGAAUCCUGAGACAAUGUUAGACCAUCUCUGUAUCAAAUGUUACUACUUUAUAGAGAAAGUUUGAUAUAUUGAAAAGCUGACUUUUUGGGAGCAA